UCAGAAAUGUGACGUCAUCAAAUUUGGCCUACGCAAGGUUUGAUAGCCACCAAAAUAAACUUCAAUGAGGUGACCAGCCCCGAUUAGGGCUUAUUCCAUGAUGUCAAAGGGAUCCAAGUCCUCGCUUCGUGGAGAGAGUGGGUUAGUGGAGGUAAAAAGCAAGUAUGAUGCAGAAUUUAGAAGGUUUUCGGUGGACAAGAAUAAAAUGAAAGAGUAUGAAGGCUUUGAAAAACUCCUGUCAGCUUUACACAACAUUGAUCCACAGAGCUUUGUGAUAACCUACACCGACACCCAUGGUGACCUGCUGCCAAUCAACAAUAACGAAAACUUUCAGAAAGCCCUUAGCACCGCAAAACCACUGCUGCGAAUUAUGGUUCAGAUGAAAGGAGAGAGCUAUGAACAAAUGAAUGGGUAUGGAACAAUAACAAAGAAAAAGAAUAAAAUUUCAAAACUUAUGGGCAGUAGUACAAAUGAACCAGUACCUGGUACAAAGCCCAAACUUCACAUUGGGCUUCCUGAAGACUUUCGUCGUGUGUCUGCAAUAAUCGAUGUUGAUAUAGUUCCUGAGCAUCACCGGCGUGUGAAACUAAUGAAGAACGGGUCUGACAAACCACUUGGAUUUUAUAUUCGAGAUGGAACUAGUGUACGGGUCACUCCACAUGGUUUGGAAAAAGUUCCCGGGAUUUUCAUCUCAAGACUCGUGCCUGGUGGUCUGGCGGAAAGCACUGGACUUUUAGCGGUCAACGAUGAAGUUUUAGAAGUGAACGGCAUCGAAGUGGCUGGAAAAACUCUAGAUCAAGUGACAGACAUGAUGGUUGCAAACAGUUCAAAUCUGAUCAUCACAGUGAAGCCAGUGAACCAGAGACUGACCCUGGCCCCCCAGCGAGGGGGCCCAGGCCGGCACUCCCAAAUGUCCCAGGCUUCACAGGCCUCAUCCCAGAUGUCCUUCAGUUCCCAGCGGUCAUCCAAAUCCUUCGACAGCGACCAUGUCACGGAACAAGAUGAUGAGGACGAUGAAGUUCACGACCAUCUGUCGACGCCGGCACCCAAGAAGAUUCCCAACACGGAAGUCGUCACUUUAUGAAGAGAUCCAAUCAUGCGUUUAUCCACAGCUUUUACAUGUUUUGAUGUUGGUUCAUAUUUUUUCUUCAAUUGAAAAAAUGUCCAUAUGUAUUAUAUGUUAUAUGUUAUAUAUGGUCAAUAAUGAUAUAUACAAUGAUCACAGGUCUACUUUCAUUUUAACAUUAUUUGCUUACUUUUAUUUCUGCAUCUGGAUUUAUAAACCCCUCCUUCCAUUCCCCAAUGCAUUGUAUUUGUUUUAUUUAAAUGUCAUGCAUUUAUGGAUUUUAAUUGUCCAUAGUUUUGCAAAUCCUUUAUUCAGCAGCAAUGAUAUUUUUUGGUCACAUUGUAAGAAAUGUUCUGUUUAUUUAUGCAUGUCCGUUAUUUUUGUUUUUAUUCAGACUUGUCUAAGCACAUGAUGCAGUAAUUACCACUGCAUAUUUUAAAUGGUAUUCAUUUCCCUCCCAGUUUUCUAAUUCAUAGGCAUUGAUAUACAAUUUCAUUUUUUAGUGAGAAGGAAAAGAAAACAUCAAUGAACACUUUUAUACUUAUAUAUUUAUUUUUGUUAUUCAUUGGGAUCAAUAAUGAUAAUUUUUUUUACAAAGGAAGUGUAUUUUAACACAUACCCCCCUUUUUAGUGAUUUUUGUUGAACUCUGUUGAACAGAGAUGAGUUGUGUAUUAAACUUUUAUAACAUAUCUUGCCUAGAAUGCUUUCUCGAUUUGCAUGUUUAAAUUCUCUAGUCGGUUAAUGGGAGAAGUUAGUUUUUACAAGGCAGACUUUCUAAAGUGUACAGUGUAUUGUUAGCACUUUAAAACUUAUAAGUAGUUCAAUAGAUUUUACAAAGCAAGUUGUUUUGGCUACAGAUUCAUGCAUUUUUAUCAGAAAGAGAGAAAAGAAAAAUUGUGCAGACUGUACUAGAAUUAUUACAUUUUUUUUGUACAUUUAAAUAAAUUUUCAAUUUAUAAACUUGUAUUGAAUACAAAAUUUUGGGGACCAAAAACAUAUACAUGUAUAUAACUGGUAUAUGCACAUAUAUCAGGAUAAAAAUGUUCAGUGAAUUAUAAGAUAUUGAUAAUCAUUUUACCCUUAUUUUAGCUUGACCAUUAUGAUUAUUUUAUGUUGGACCUGAUAUUUAGAUAAUACACUGUAGAGUUAUAAAAUAAUACAUGAAGUUGUAUGAAGUCUUUCAUCCAGUCUUUUUUAAUUUCAUACAUUAUGAUGCUUAGAGUAGGAACGUGGAAUUCAUGUAUUUUAUUUUUUAUAUGGUUUUAAUCUGGCUGUUGGAGUUUGAAAAGAGCAAAAUUUACUGAAUGGGAAUUUGUUUGAAUGUACCCUUGUACACAUUGCUAUAAUGACAAGAGUUUUGUGUCUACUUUUGAACUCAAAGUGGACACCAAACCCUUUACAUAAAGGAAUCGAUUUUACUGCUGAGCAGAACUUUUUAACCAAAUUUCCUUGUUUCCAAUUAAAUUUUAUGUGUUGUUUAAAUGGAAAGAUUUCUCUCAUCACAUCAAAGUACUUUUUUGAAUUAUUAUUUGUUUAUGAUAUUAUAUUGAAAUAGUUCUAAUUGGCAUUUGAUUUGAUUGCCAUUUAAACAAGAAAUACUGUAAAAUAAAUUCAAAUAAAUCAUGUAAAUAAUUCUCAUACAGUUAUAUGUAUAAAAAUCUUAUAGGCAUACAAAUAUGAUUGUAAUGAUUUUAAAAAAAUUAUAUAGCCAUACAAAAUUUGCAUGUUUUUGUUUAUAAGUGGAAAAUAUUUUUCACUCUUACGUAUUGCAAGUCUUCCAUUAAGAGAAACUCUUUUUGUCACUGAUUUGUUUUUUUCCAAUCAUACAUUCCUUGAACAUCUGUUUGGUCUAUGGAGCAAUUUGUAAACAUAAUGAAAAUAUUUUUUUUUAAAUAAUGUGUUUCUGAUUUUGUUUUUGAAAAAAAAAUACUGGAAUGAUUUUCUACAUUAUUACUUGUAACUGUGAAUUUCAUAUCUUCUAAAUAGAUUAUUUGAAAAAUGUAUAAUUUUGAUUUUUUAUGAAAUUUUAAUUUGAAAUUAUGGACUAAAUCAUUAUUUAAACUGCCAAGUUACAAGUUCCGAGACCAGCAGAGCUUCAUUUGUGUCUGACAAUAAUUGUUUGUAAAAGUGCACAACUUGUUUUGGUUAAUUUCGCAAUAUUUGUUGUCUAGUGUAACCAAAUACAUGUACUAUUAACAUUAUUAUUAUUACUAUUGAUUUUAAUUAAACAAUAAACGAUGCAAAUUAC